CCUGUUCUCUUUAUUUAUAUGGUUUGGCCUCUCGGACCUGAUACGAGGGCAGGAAGAGCACUAAGUGCCUUCCUUUCACCUUCCCUACCCACCUCUCUCUCCAGCAAAACCCCACAAAUCCACACCUGCCCCACAGCUGUCACUCAGUUCAAACAAUCCAAAUAUGAAGUACUUCUGGCUCUGCAUUGCUUUCAGUGGAUCUGUAACUCUCAUUUCUGGUCCAAAACUCACAGCUGUUGCUCUUCCACUACCAGGAUCUCCAAGUCCUUAUUCCCCUAGAAUGAAGGCUGAGAGGCUGUAGGCAAGACAGUGAAUACCUCACACAUGCUGGUGCAGAAACACUUCAUUUUAUCCCAUCGCUACUCAAAUACCAACAGUAGCACAGCAGGCCUUUGACCCAUCCAUAACAGAAAUGCCAAAUGCCACAAAACUCACUCACUUCCAGCUAGCAUAUAAAUUCCCAUGGUGAUUCCUCAACACUUGCAACUUAGCUUCUUGCAACUUAGCUUUCCUACACAGCUGGGCUGAUGGUGAUGUAGAUCAUUAGAUGCCCUAUGGCAGGCCCGUGUCCACGCAGGCUAACAUGCAAACUGACUUAGCCAUGCAGCCAUUAGCACAGCAAAGGGUAACAGAGUUGUGGCACUGCUGUAGCCCUAUUAAGCACGAGGCGUUUGCCUGAGACCUUAUGUUUUCACACAGAGCUGUGAUUUGUUAUCCACACCUAGGCAGAGAUGCCCAGGCCGCACCACAUUUACUUUCUAUUAAGAGCUCUUAAGAACGUUGUCUUCCCCAAAUGUAAAUGGAGAGUCUGAGGAAACACAAGCCUUUGAUGUGUGUGGGGGGAGAUGUCAUGCAUUUAGGCAGAAUAUUUUAAUUAUGUGAAUUACAACAGGGCAGCCUGCUUUUUUCUUUUUUUUUUUUUUUCAUGCUUAGUCAUUUCCACUUGGACUCUGCAAACAUGGAACCAUGCACUGAGUGUUUAAGCGUUUUGAAUAAACUCUAGCUUUGGCAAGCCUUAAGCAGAGGAAAAGAAGUCAGUCCUAUUCUUCUUUAUUUCCCCCAGCUGAUUAGUAGCUCCUUUGGGAAAGACUGGAGCUAGUUGACUCUACCCAUUGGAGAUAGUCAGUGCCACGCAUGCUGACACCAUCUCACCCCAUUCCCAGGAAUGACUUCUGAAAUGUCUCUGAGGCCGUGAGCUGCCAUUCAGUCUUAUUUGAAUACAAAAUAUGGAGAGAUGAAUGAGGGUAAUUUCUUGUCCUUUAUGAGAAAAACCUGAUACCCUGUGCACAGUUGUGGUAUUUCUAUACAGUUUACAUACUCGCCACCAACCUUUUUUAUUUUUAAACCUUCUGAUUUUCUUCAUAAAGCAGUUGUCCAGCUAAAUUAGGUGUUUAUUCAGCAUCUGUUCUCUCUAAAUAUUUACUAAUGAAGGACUUUUAAAAAACUUUUCCCCUCAGCCUGCUCGCUAGGCAGCCUAACUUUUUCCAUUUCUUUGAUCCUGAAGUCCCCCCUUAUUUUUAAUUAUUCUUCCCUUGGCAGCUGAAGGAAAAUGUAGCAAUAUACACCAAGCCCUUCCCCACCCUUGCAGCUAACAAAGAUACUGGUUGUAGAUCAAAGAAUCCAUCAGAACACACUGCUUCCUAUGCAAUAAGCCCUCUGUCUCUGGAAUACAUGAGUUUAUCUUCAUUGUGCAUUCCGAUAAGAUGUUAUUAUAGUAGUGACUUUAAUUACAUUUCUCAUUAUUGCAUUAGUGUGCAGUAACAUGGGGUUUCACUGCAUCUAAAUGUGAUGGUUUGUAGAACAUGGUGCCUUUAAGUCUUGGGAGGGAGGGAAGUAAAACUUCAAAAGCCACAAAACAAACAAAAGAGAAACCUUCAUUUUACACGCAUUUGAGCAAAAGUCCCUGUGGAAGGAGUGAGAAAAUGUUCUAGAAUGAGGACCGGGAGAUGGAAAAAGAUGAGAAAACAUAAAAAGGCAACGUUGUACACACCUCUGUGCAUCUGUGUGAUACAAAAACAGUAAGAUUCCAGAGAAUAACUAUUCCACAAAUUGACAGAUGGAUACCUUUUGUCCUGCCUUCAUACAGUGAUAUACGUGGAAGUUUAUUUCAGUGGAGCAUCUUUAAAUGCUGAUCUCUUUUUCUACAUAGGAGAACCAUUUAUUCGAUAGUAAGAUCAGAAGUCUUACAGCAGUGAGACUAAUGAGCUAUCUCAAAGUAUUUUGUCUUAGGAAAUGAGUGGGUUAAAAAACCUUUGUAAGUGUAAAAUAUUCAUUAUCAUUCGUAUAUUUUGGAUGUCUAACAAAUAUCAGCUGAACUGAUAUUCAGUAAAACAGAUUUUUCAUAUAGCUCAGCUUCUCUGAUAACUUGAUUAAAUAUGAGGCUUGCUAUUUGGUGCCAGGUGAUUCCCAGAGGAUUGAAUUUAUCACAUGCUUAGUCUUGCAAUCUUUACUUAAUAACUGCUUAAUCUAUAACUUAUUGGAGAAUGGUGAUAGUUCCCAUAAACAGCAGUCAACUUUAAAUCAGAGUAUAAAUUAUCAAAUGCAUUUCCCUUUGAGAGGCAUAGACCUCAAAACAGACCUUUGCUACUGGUCCUAUGGAAUUAGAAAUAAUUUUGUGAUCUCCAACUGAAUUGCUGUUGAUGUAUUUUCAAGGGGCAGGUUGCAGCUCAACAGUUUUCUUCUUGAAGCCUCUAGCCAAAAUAUUCAGUCGGUCCCCAGCUUGUUUUAAAGCAACUGUGUUGUAAAAUGGUGCAUUGCUUGACCCCGUUGCCUGAAGCAACUCAAGAAUAUUAAGAAACCACAUGAGCUUCUGAGGAUCCAAAUAACCUUACCUUCUAAGUAAACACAACACGCAAGGACUUUUUAGGGAUCACUGCUCCACUGUGCUGGUUUAUGAAGAUAGAAUACGGUGAGAUCUAUCAGGAAGUUCACAGGCUACUGAGUGUCAGCAUAUUGCCGUGUGAGAUACUGAGGAGGACAUGUUCAAUUUCCAUGAGCUCUGGAACCCUUCCUACUGACUUCAGCAGGCCUUCACUCAGGCUUCAGCAGCUUCUUGAUGUUUGGAGAGUUCUGAGACCAGCCUUUUGGACUACUUGUAACCAGCACCUAAGGCUACAGAAACUUAGGUCUGGAAGAACCUCUUUCUGAAGGAAACAUCCAUCUCAAUAUUGCGAAAACUCUGUCCAGGCCUUACAAGGCAGGAGAGUGAUUUGUGCUUCUGCUGACACUGGUGUGUAAUCUCUGCUUCUUAUGCACUCCAGCACCCCUAUCAGUUCCUUGUUCUCCUUCACCAGCCCUGCAGUGAAAAGGCUGCUGGGCUGGAAACAAGGAGAUGAAGAGGAAAAGUGGGCAGAAAAAGCUGUUGAUUCCUUGGUGAAGAAACUAAAGAAGAAAAAAGGUGCCAUGGAAGAACUGGAAAGGGCUCUAAGCUGCCCAGGUCAGCCCAGUAAAUGUGUCACAAUCCCACGUUCCUUGGAUGGGCGGCUGCAGGUGUCUCACCGCAAGGGGCUCCCCCAUGUCAUAUACUGCAGAGUGUGGCGCUGGCCUGAUUUACAGUCUCACCAUGAAUUGAAGCCACUGGAAUGUUGUGAGUUCCCAUUUGGCUCAAAACAGAAAGAAGUGUGCAUUAACCCCUACCAUUACCGGCGGGUGGAAACUCCAGUCCUACCUCCUGUACUUGUUCCAAGACACAGCGAGUUUAACCCUCACCUCAGCCUUCUUGCCAAGUUUCGAAAUACUUCUCUGCACAGUGAGCCACUGAUGCCUCACAAUGCCACCUAUCCUGAUUCUUUCCAGCAUCCUCCAUGUACCCCUUUUCCACCAUCACCCAGCCACAUGUUCUCCCAGUCACCUAACAGCAUCAGCUACCCCAACUCACCAGGAAGCUCUUCUGGACCAGGAAGUCCGUAUCAGCUCACGGUGGAAACUCCACCCCCACCCUACCACGCAAGAGAAACUCCAGGAAGCCACAAUGGGCGGUCAAUGGAUGCAAUAGCUGAAAGCCAACUAGUACUGUCUUUGCCCAAUGGAGGUAAAUCUGCCGAUGGAGAAACCGAAAAUUUUCGGCCUGUUUGCUAUGAGGAACCACAACACUGGUGCUCUGUUGCCUACUAUGAACUCAACAACAGGGUAGGAGAGACUUUCCAGGCUUCCUCUCGAAGUAUCCUUAUAGAUGGAUUUACAGAUCCCUCAAAUAACAAAAACAGGUUCUGCCUGGGACUGCUCUCAAAUGUAAACCGCAAUUCUACCAUUGAAAACACCAGGAGACACAUAGGAAAAGGUGUUCAUCUUUAUUAUGUUGGUGGAGAAGUGUAUGCUGAAUGUGUCAGUGACAGCAGUAUUUUCGUGCAGAGCCGCAAUUGUAACUAUCAGCAUGGUUUCCACCCAGCCACUGUCUGCAAGAUCCCCAGUGGCUGCAGCCUCAAGAUCUUCAACAACCAGCUCUUUGCCCAGUUGCUUGCCCAGUCAGUCAAUCAUGGUUUUGAAGUAGUGUAUGAGCUGACGAAGAUGUGUACGAUUCGAAUGAGCUUUGUUAAAGGCUGGGGAGCAGAGUAUCAUCGCCAAGAUGUUACAAGCACGCCCUGCUGGAUUGAGAUCCACCUGCAUGGACCAUUGCAAUGGCUGGAUAAGGUUCUGACACAGAUGGGCUCACCUCAUAACCCCAUCUCUUCCGUCUCUUAAGAAUCAUCUCUAGAAUUCCCUUAGGAUGGAUGCUAUUGCAGGCAGUGGCUUAUAGGAUUUCCAGUGAACAGAAGCUUCUAUAUGUAGAUGUAUGCAGAUGUAAAUAUAUCUAUACAUAGUCUACUCUCCUAUUUUUUUUUUCAUGCUACGUUUUGUGGUUUCUAGUUAUUCUGAUGCCAGUACAAUAAGUGUAGGAAUUCAGGUAUAGCAUAUCUGUUCUCAAAAUAAGCCAAGAUCCUGCAAAAGUGUCAAGCAGUUCCUGUGAGCACCUUCAUUCCCCAACCAAGCCAGUAAACGGUGCGAAUUCUCAGCACUUUCACAUGGAUUCAGAAACCUGGCUGUUGCUGUUCCUAGUAGGUGAAAUUCACCCUUCUGCAGGCAACAAAAGUCAGAUAUUGGCACCAUUUGUAUUCAUUUUACAUCCUAACUUCAGAUCUGAGAGAGGACUUUAAGUGGUGCACAGGACUUAAGCAUAGAGAAGACUUUUCUCCAGUGAACUGAAGGAUUAAACAGCAAUUCCGGUCUGUCUCCGUACUGCAAAGCACUGUGGGACCACAGAUCCUGUGAGGAGCUGAGACCCCUCGGUUUGGCAGGAGGAGAGAGCCCUUGGGAUGCUUUUGGCUCUGGUGCCUUGUCAGAGCAUUCUGGACACAUCUGAGCAGCCCAAUACACUUAACACAGUAGUUUAUGGUACUGCUGCACUGAAAAGCAACAAGCUCCUAAGAAAAAAAAGAAAAUUUGAAGUAUAUGCCUAGAAGUUUAAAAUCCAAUUAACUUCCAGUGCUUUUUUUGCAAAGUACGUACAUACUUACAUAUGUGUCUGGCAUGUAGACUGAAUCCUAUCCAUUAUACAGUAUUGAUGUUGUUUGUUUUGAAGUUAGGACUAUCUGUAGUUAGACUACUGUGCUGAUACCAAGGGUACGUCUAAAAGGGACUUGAACUGUGAUUCAGGAAAAGGAAAUGAAGUGUGCAUUGAAGAACUGAGAAAUGAUAUCAUCAUGGAGCUCAGGACAGUCUGCAUUGGGAGCGGGAAGGCCCAUGCUCACAAGAUACAGGGAGGAGGAGGUGAGAGGCAGCCAGGCUGUGCCCUGCUCUGUGCCAGUCCUCGAUCUGACUACAGUGCCCUGGUUUGGCAGAGGGGCUCCUGGCAUUUUGUUAAUGCCAUGGAUGGUUUCUCAUCUUGGAUAGAGGCUUCAGCAUUCGUGGUGUUGUGGCCUUGCCUGCACAGGAUGGUGAGGCAGCAUAAGCCAUAAGCAAGAGAACAGUGUGUCUAUGUGUAAAGCUUUCUUAACAGUUCCUUGUCUGUGGACCUGUAAGCAGGAGGAAUUAUGGUCCAUAAUGUCAUCCCCAGAGCCAGCCUUUCCAAGUGCUGUUCUUAUCUGGUGAGCCAUGGGAAACAGUGCUGCGUUUUGAUGAUCCCCUUUACCUUGCUGAAAGGGUAAAGGAUUAUUUCCCUGCGAGCAUAACAGGCCCCUGAAAACUGCUUUGCAUUGAAGGUCAACAAGAAUGGUAACUUCUCAAAUCUCACACACUAGAAUUACACUGAGAAAAAUAUGUUCUACAUAAUAUUUCUUUUCUUCUCACACAGUAUCUGGUGCUACACAAGUUACUGCUUAAUUACAAGAGAAUGCGUGAAAUCUUCAGGUACAUUACAUAGGCAAACCAAGUAAUAUUCACUGGAAAUAAUUUCUGUGUCUUUUAGAUGCUAUAUAAUGCCUGCUACGAGGUGGCAGUUCUGAACAGAGCAGAAGAAUGCAUAAAACAGAGGAGUUACUUCCUUUAAGCACACCAUCAGCUGCCUCCAGCAUUGGCAGGGCACAGGAGGACAGAUGGUUGUUAAGUUCAAGCAGAACUGCAGGUUUAUAGGAAGUUCAUACAUAUGAAGAACUGUAUUCUGUCACCAUUUGCCAUUAACAUCAUUAGUGUGGAGUAGGAAAAGCAUGACCUGUGGCAGUGAUUCCAGUACAAAGGUCCCACCCAAAUUUCAGACGUGCCAUUUACUGCUUAGCAGACUGAAGAAAGAUGGGUUUGGAAACAGACCUUCUCAGCUCCCUUGCUCUCCAGUGUCACUAUAUUUAGCUGUUGGUACCAUUGUUUUCAGGGUGUCCAUUGUGCCCUUUCCCCACUUGUGCUUUUCAUAUUGCUAAUCCCUUUAUUUAGCAGCAAACGACAGAGAAAUCAGCUCCUCUGUCCAGGAUCUAGCACUGCUCUUCGUCCUAAAUUCUUCUUUGCCUCUUAAGCUGAAACCUGCUCCCCUUCUCACACAAAGAGAAGCCCAGGUGCUGCCGCUGGACAUCGCCAGCAUUGUCUUUUCUCUCCCAGAGAGCAAAGGUGGCUGUGCUAAACGUGCACUGCUCUUGGGCAGUUCCAGAACCCAGUUUCCUGCUGAUGCUGCAGAGGAAGAAGUGCAGACAGUGAAGAGAAGCGUUCUUUCUGAGGCAUCAUUCAUCUCAUCAUGAGGUCUUUCAGGUGGAUCAGAUACACUGCACCCUGAGCAUUCUUCUGCCUGCCAGCUGUGUGUAAGGGGAACACAUGGUCAGAGACGGACUGCUGCACUGGGUGCAUCCAAAAGGAGGUGAGGUGAGCCCAUGGGGAGGUGGCCUUACAGCCUGGUAAUGAUGCCUCCUCAGUGAGUGUCUUUGCUUUUUAAAUGAAAGUUGGUAAAUUCAGAACAGCUUUUCCUUUCCUGUAUUUCUGUUCUCGCAGCAGUCCUCACACAGGUAGCCCUUUGGACUCUAUGCAGUCCAUGUGUGCAUCUUAUUAAAGGCUGUCACCUUCAUGUGCCCUUACUUCUAAAGGAAAGAAGCAGGCAUUUCUGGAGUGCACCUCUCACCUACUUAAAUGCCUACAGUAAGAUGAGACAAAUCAUUUAACUAUUUGCUGAAAGACCCUCAGAGUCUUCUCUAGUAUGCGAAUUAAAAAUCCAGGUUUCUGAUAAUUUACAGCAAGGUACCUUUGUAUUUCACUGUAAUGCCUCCCCAUUUUGGAAGGAGAUCUUUUGUGCUCCAAGAUCCUCAUGAACCCUUCACCCUGUGUAUUCAAUUUAUAGCCUUUAAAGGCAUUCAUUAAUACCCAAGCUUUUCACAUGGACUUCCUGAGGGAUUUAAAACCACUUACAGGGAGACUGCUUAGCUGAAGGCAGAUUUUUUUAAAUGUCUUUUGAGUCAUCAACGUCAAACCCCGUUGAAGGUUUCUGUGGAGAAGUACUAUGCAUCAGCAGGCAGCGAUGGGAGUUUGGUCAGGCUGUGGCAUAAAGAACAUCCAUCAUGGUACUCAGACCUCUUGUUUUCUUAUUAAGUAGUUGAGAAGAGACUGCCUAAUUGCUGCCAGUUCAUCUGCAGCACCAGUGUCAAUGUGCCGUUCACAUCCAGAGGGGACUGACGCAGGUCUUAUGCUGCCUGAAGCCAUUCCAAUGGCACUGCUGCUCUCCUUGUGCCCAAGAGUUGCACUGCAACAGACAAUCAAUACGAUGGCUGGAGCACUCAGAAGUGCAGCAUAGGCUUUGCCUCCCUUCAGGUCCCUCCAUACAGAGAACUCAGCCAGCAAGCACCAUGUUAAGCCUUCCCACAGCCUGAGCAGCCUCCUUGGAGAGGUCUCUGCCUUGAGCAGGGUGUCAGAGUGGGUGUCCCAGAGAUCCCUUCUGGUUUACAUCGUUCUGUGGCUCUGUGCAGACGUUCAGUGGUAACUGGUUGUCACAGACAGGAGUUCUCUGUUAGUGGAGACAGUGUCAGGAUGAGGCAUGUUUAUUUACCCUCAGCUAUUUCUGCAUGAGUUCAGUGCAGGACAGAGUUGUUAGAUAUUAACGUUUCAUGAGUAUAAAACCAGCACUGGAUACAGCUCUCAUUGUAAACAUCAUCCCAUCCCAUAGCUCUUAAAAUGGAGCAAAUCAGGCAUUUGUGACUACAGCUUUGUCUAAUCCUUCAUCCUUGCUUCUGGCACGCAUCCCUGGCUGAUAAGUGCUGCAAGUCAAAGUCUCAGCAGUACUGCACAAACCACUGGAUAUGCAGAGGCUGCUCAGGCAGACAUGUCAGCUCCUUGGUUGGAUGCAAACUAUCAAGGAACUUGAUAGGCCUUAGUAGACUUUGAAGGGGUCUCAAGUACAUGGCUCUUUAUCGACUUCUCUGGUGCUGAAAGCCUGAGUGGGCAUUUAGUCUUUGCUCAGUGGAGAGAAAUUGCUCUAUGUCUCUCUAGUAUUGCACAUAAUAUGCACCAGCAUAAGAUGCAGCCUUUAGUUUGUGACCAUCACCUACUCACGGGAGCUCCAAGAGCGGCCAGGAGUGACCAGAAUCCUGUUGCCUGUUUCACCCCAGCUUGCUCAGGUAUGCUUCAUGUUGCAUCACCAUGCCGGUGCCACACUUACCUGCUAGGGAAGUAAGGCAUAAGUCCAACCAAGAGCACACCUCUACUUGCACCAGAGCUGGUGCUUGUACAGUUUGGUCUCACAGUUGGUGACCUUGCCCGUGGCAGAUUGAAACUAGAUGAUCUUUGAGGUCCUUUUCAACCCAGGCCAUUCUAUGAUUCUAUGACAGGUAAUGAGGCAGGUCAUGUCUCUUCUGAAAGACAAACAUAACCACUAUGUCCUCCAGUCAACUACUCUUCCAGUAUAGCCAAUGUGAACAUUUGCAGCUAAUUGUGAACAGUUUUUAGAUCUUCAGUCAUAGUGUUUUUAUUAUCCAUGAAUGCUGCUAUUUUAUAGUCCGUGUUAAUCUUCAAAUAAUAUUGCAUAUGAAUAGCAUAGAAAGAAAUAGACCAACCAGUUAGUCAUUUUAAAUACAGACCUCAUCAGCGAAGAAAGGCUAGAAGAAAAAUUGGUAGUCUGACCCAUUGCACUUCCACUGUAGCAAGCACAUCGUCUGUUUCAAAGUGAUCAUUUGAUGCUGAGGUGUGUUACAUCUUACUGAUUCACAGUUAUGUCCAAGAGAUGCUUUGCAAACAAGAGAGCAAGAGAACAAACAUAAUGGCAAGCAGAGAGAAGGCGCCUCUAGAUAUUUUUUUUUACUUAUUCAAGCAAUUGGAAUUCAAUUUUUGAUUAUUUAUAAUACUUUAUAAGUACAAGCUAAGCAUAUCACAGCAUGUUUCUUCAGACAAUUCAGUGUUAGCAGUUUAAUCUGUCAUUUCAGAAUCACCUCUGUGAUUUAAGUUGUGCUGAGAAGUUAGACAAGAAAGCGAAAAAACAGGCCUUGGUAUGGAUUGAUGGAGCCAUAAUCCUGCAGGGAUGUAUGCAGCCAAGGGGUUGUAAUGGUGGAUUUGAGUGAAGUGUGGGGUUUUCUGUGUGAAGUAUUAGCUAUCACAGCCUGGUGCAGAAAAGAACUGUGAAAUACGUAAAGAUUUAAUGGUACCACUUCUAUUCUGCCCUCUCUCUUUUCCAUCACAGUCAAGGCAAAACUUCACCACCUAGAAGAAAGUAGCAUUCACAGUUAGUGAGAUUCUGUAAGAACACAGGGGAUCACUGUGUAAAUAAAGCUACUUGGACUCUUGCCUCUUGUGAACAAAAUAUCUCAGAGACGUGCUUAGUUUCAGGAGCCCGAGGCACUGGGGCAGCUCAGUAUCCUCUAUCAGCCCCAUGCCCUGACACACAAAUACCACCACUGCUAAUCAAGUGGAUGUUCUCCAGCAUUCCUCCUGUUGCGUUUGAUUUGAGGCAUCCUGAAGUCAACGUAUUUAGCCUGAUGUUUGAACAGCACACUUCUCAACACACUCCAUUUUCUUUGGCUGGAACUAUUCAAUUGUAAAAGGGAUUAUUCACGUCUUGUGUUUUACUGUUAAUAAAGUUAUUUCUGAUUUAA